UCUACCUGCCCGCUCCGCGUGUCCUCCACUCACGGUGAUCACGCACGUAACACCGUGGAGAUGCGCUCGACGCUCCGCAAUGUUCAUCGCGCCCAAGUCGCGCUACUCUCGCUGGUUCUCUUGAUGCGAGGCUUGGAAGCAUCAGAACCGGCAAAGUCGAACGCGACCAGUGCUAUUUCGGAGGACGACGGAGAUGACUUCCUGGCAAACAUGAACCUGACGACGUUCAAGGAAAGAUACCGAAGAUUGAUACCCUACAUGACUUUUUACGUCGCCAACAAUUACCUGAACGCUCAGGCCGCGUUGGGGCAAAAUUAUGCAGACGAGCUGUCGGGCACCCUGCUCCGAAAACCUCCGUCGCAGCAACACCCUCUAACUCGGCUCGUUGACGUGCCGAGGAGGGGCGGUAAUAGGUACCGUGUCAACUCACCCGACGAAGACAAGAAAUUCGUCCCGUCCGUGCAAUUCGAUCCCAGAAACAUCGGAGGCGAUAACGAUUACUUCGCGCCGGUCAAGUACAACACCAAGAUCAACUAUGCCGAGUACUCUACCCCGUCCUAUCAGCUCUACCAGGUGCAAAAGACCUAUCCCGAAAUUACCACGCCUGUCAGUCAUAUCUUGAACAAGGAAAAUCGAUACUUCAUUACCGCGAGACCCCCGCAACCCUCUGCUCCCGUGAUCAAGAAACCGCUGUUCGGCAACCUGCAGGACGAUUACGAUCAGGAUUACACGGCGAAGCCGAACAUCGCUGUUAAUUAUCCCACUAAGGAAUUUGGGGGACUGCGAUACAUUCCGGUGCACGCCAACGUGCAGCAGCAGCAGUCAGUAAAGCCGUCAGUCUCGUUUUAUCGGAAGCCGAGUGUGAAUCUGAACAAUCUGAUCGAGAGUUUCCAAUUGUCCGAGCGACUGCCGGAAACGCUGAACAAAGACAACCUCGACAGCAGCAUCAAAACGCUCAUUGAGAUUCUUAAUAUCCUGCACAAUACGCGGCAGGAAAAUUUCCCGCAGCCGCAAGGACCCCCGUUACCGCCACCAUCGCCGCCCAGAUUGAUCGGCUACGAUGUUUACAAGCCGAAAAUAUAUACGCGGCCGAAAGUGGUCACCGAGACGAGAUUUCAAGUGACACCGAGCCCUCUGAUAAUCACCAACGAUCCCGAACGAUACAAGACGACGGACGACACUCAGAUUAAAUCGUCGUUACAGUCGGAUUACAACUUAAAUCAUGUGAAGGACGAAAAGGUGGAGUAUUACAUCCCUUACGUUCAGGACAUCUCGAGCAAACACAAGCAACAAGGACUCAAGCCAACUCCUAGUGUUUCCACCACCGAGCACUCGUACGAGAUCACGGAAGACUUGAGCGACGAUAUUCUGCAGGACGAACGGUACACCCUGCCGAUUUCCACCGAGGCGUCCACGAGUCAGGAAUACGUAUCGCCGAACGAAGUUACACGCCCGGGGCCGAAAAUGCCGCUGCCGGCAUUAAAAUACGGCGCGACGCGCGGAAAACCCAACGUCGAUUACCCGGCGUACGCGAAUAUACCGCAAACUAAAUUCAGUUGCAAAGAUCAAAGAUACAAGGGAUUUUUCGGCGACCCAGCGACCGGAUGCCAAGUCUGGCAUUACUGCGAUCUGAAUGGCGGCAAAUCGUCAUUCUUAUGUCCGAACGGCACAAUAUUCAGCCAGGUAGCAUUGACUUGCGACUGGUGGUUCAACGUAAAGUGCGAAACGACUACUCAAUUAUAUGUGCUAAAUGAACGACUGUAUAAAUACAUCCUGCCAAUUAUGCCCAAAUUCCCCGAGGAUUUCACCGGCCCGGAAGUAGAUCGAUACUUGGAGCUCAAGUUCAAGGAGAUGGAGGCAAAAAUGAAGGAAAAGAAGCUGAAGAAACAGCAAGAGGAGAAGAGCAAGCACAAGAGCAAGUCGCAAACGGUGAACGACGAGGAAGACGCGUAAUUCAAGCGUUAUGUGCUAAAUAACUUAGUCUUAAUAUAUAAUACCUGACUCGUUGCCAUUAUAAUGAAAAGCAAAAAUAUGUCGCGGGUUUUAAGGCCACAACUCUGGUAGUAAAUGAGCCUUGCAACCUCGGAAAAGUGCAAUAUGUAUAUGAUAGAGUUACAUGUGAUUUAAGCAUAGAGUAAAUCACAUUACGCGUAAAAUAAGUUAGAUUAUCUCACGGUCUUUGUACGGGUAUGAAAUGGCUGAUGAUAUUAAGUAUUUCUUAUAUCCCCUCUAGUCAUAUGCGUAUACUAUUGUGUACUAUUUAUCACGAAAAAUGCCCGCCUGCCUUACGGAGCCUUUAUUUCUUUCGGUCUGUACUAGAAUGAUCCAAUUGAGUCAUAAAUUUCAGUCAUGAUAAGUCAUAAAGCAGAUAACAGAUAACCUGUUUUUCCAAAUAGCAUUAAUACUACUAAUGAACCUAAAUGACACUCUCUCUAAUACAUUGGUUAUAAUUAUAGUCAAAAAUUAAAUGUUUUACUAAAAGUCAUUUAUGAUUCGAUUAUUAAUAUUCAAUAUAAAUUCCUAUAACUGUGCAAUUCUAAAUGGCACACAAUUUGUACAUCUCAAUAGCAAAGGACAUAAAUAGUAACACUAUAAUUAAUAUCACAUAGAAAAAUUAGAUAGGUCUCGCCAUUUAUCUAUAACCAUUUUCCACCCAGUCGAUAUAUAAAAUAUGAUAUCUCAAUUUGUAUAUGAUUUUAUACGAUAUUUAAAAUAUGCGCUUCUAUUAUGUAUCUGCGAGAAUAU